AUGGACAAGAUGUCGAGAUACCUCGACGAGACCAGAGCCAUCACAGCCCCGACAACGCCCUGUGGACUAUCGAUAGGCAGUCCCAGUCAGCGAUUCUUCGAGAGCGAUAACGCCAGUGAGAUUGGCACAUGCAAUGGAUUCUCGUCUCAUCCGGGAAGUAAAUCUAAUCUUCUCCUCUGUAUCCAGUGUGACCUGGAGGCACGCGCCUGCUCCUACAGACCCCACACCCCCUCCAGCAGAUUCGACAGGUACAUAGAGGAGGACAGGGCGAAAAUAUGCGACGAAUGCGACUGCCACUGCCCCCAUUGCAAUCUAAAUACUCAUGACGAGACUGACUUGAUCUGCUUCCGGUGCGAAGACGAGGAUCCAGGAUUGUGCUCGACAUGCGACGAGCCGAUCACUGAAGGGACCGACUCUAAUGGAAAGAGCGGACAACCCGGAAACUCAUCGUCCAGUGAUAAUGGGCAUUAUCCUGUCGAUGCUGUCGUGAAAAUUCAGGUCAACGAUCAGUUAUUGGAUGCUGAUUUGGAUGAUGGUAAUGCCGGCUCGAGCUGUCGGGACGCCAAGGGAAGUGAUGGGGCGGAUCGGUUGUCACCGAUUGUUGAACAUGUGUCGGCUUUCAGUGAUGAGGAUAAUGGACAGGAGUCCAAUGGCUCGAAAGUUAAUGGGCAAGCGAGGAGGUAUUUGGACAGCAUGCUCGUUCUUUUCGUGUAAAUAUUUAUGGUUUACCGGGGGGAAGUGGUGAAACGUUAGGGGCCAUUCGUCAUUUUACAGAUUUCAUGUGAUUUUUAGUGAUGUACGUGGAGAUAGCCAUACCCAUUAAUCAGGACUAUCGUUAAAUUUUACAGGUGUCAAUUAUUAACAGAGGUCUUAACAUUGUAAUUGGUGUAGCAAUCAACAAUAUGAAUAUUCAAAUUACGAUUUUGUAAACUAUUAAAAUUAGUUGGCUAUCUGUGGUGAAAUGAGUUCAGUUAACUUAUCUCCAAUCUGGGUUUUUGAUAAUUAUCCAAAAAUCUAGAAGUAAUCGGAGAAUUUUAAUCGAGACUUUUUUGCAGAACCCAUCGGUCUCUACAAAAAAAUCUUAUUCCGAAAAUUCCGUAAUUGCCCAUUAUUUAUUAGAUAUUCAUCGGAACAGAAAACUAGGUUGAAGAUGAGUUAACUUACCUCGUGCUACCCCUUCCCUAUAGAAAUUGAAUUUCUGAAUUAUUUCAUUGGCCAUGAUUCUGUUGAAAAGACUGACGAUUAUUCUGUAAAUAAAAAAUUUCUUAAAUAAAAAAUUUGGUUUCCCAUGAUCAUAUAUUUAAGUCAUCAUCAAUUGGAAAUUUAUGUUACACAUGUUAUCUAUGUUGAUACAUUAAUCAGUGAAUGUUUCAAAUCCAUUCACAAUCGCAAAAAUUUCGUAGUGAUGGCAAUCCCUGGAAAUGGAAAAAUCAUCCCAUGUUUUACCACUUCGCUCCUGAUUUUCAAUUCCCAAAGCCGAUUGACUAAAUUAAUGCAUCGUAGUCAGUAAUUAAAUGAGACGUCAGUACAAACUGACAUGUUGUAUAUUUUGUACGGGUGACAUGAAUGACUGGUUCGAUGAUUUCCUUUAUUUUAAUCGAUAGUGAAACAAAUCUAACAAGGAUGUGACGUGAAUUUACUUCACUGCUCAACGAUUAUAAAUGAAAAUUGUACAUAGUCAACUGCCAAGAAUAAUAAAAAUUGACGUAAAAUGGGAGGGUAAACUAGAGGGCGUUUAUUCAAAUUAAUAUACACGAAAUUUCCUAGGGAGUAUGAAUAUUAGAAAUGUAUGAAAAUAAAACGAUCAAAGUGAUGAGUGAUGUGAACCAAAGAUCCCGAUAAAUGGAGUGAUCUAGGAUUAAUUCGUAAUUAAUAAUUAUAAGGGUGAGCAGUGCAAUGGCAAAAUUGAGAAUCAUAUAGCUUGAUGCGCUUUUUUGUUAUCAAUGAAACACGAACGGUUCGUGUUUGGGACCAAGCAAUACCUGCUUCAAUCUUCAUUAAACACUCGGAGUCCAUUGCUUUUCUCUAUUUCAGGCGAGCAUUAUCUUAUCACUAAAAUUUUUAUGAAAAAACUCGAGUCAAAUUAUCACUCUCUCACCAUUCAUGAAUAAUUGCAACUAAAAAAAACAUUCGUGACGAGUGUAUGAAAAAAAAUCAAUAGAGAUAUUUGUGAAUUUGAUAAAAGAUCGGUGGGGAUUCCUUGUGUUUUUUGCACAAAUUGUAUCAACAUAAAAUUUUUCUAUUGAACUUUUUCAUACGUGAAGGAGGACGACGCGAGGAAUUUAUUCGCGAAAUUCAAGAUAUUUUCGAGUAAAGUAAUUCCUCGUGUUUAAUCACUUCCCUUUUCUAAUCCACUCUUCAUUACCUAGUCUCAUGAAUUACCAAGAAUUGUGAAAAGUGUCUUUAUGAACAAUAUAAAUCGAUGAAGUACCUGCGGAUAAUCGAAGGACAAAUGAAAACGGAAAAAAUAGAAUUAUUUCAUUGGUCAAAAUCCGUUCCAUCACUUGGGAUUUUGAGAAUGCCUUUUUUCAUACAACGAUGUCACUCGACGUAAUUGAAAGAAAACGUACCUUUUUUACGAAUUUUGAAAACAACUUAGGGGCAUUGAUUGAAUUCAAACUGUUCAACUUACACUCAUCCAAGACAAUAUGAUUCCGAUUAUUCGUCAUGUUUUUACGGCAGAGGUACUUCUAAAUUAUGAAAAUUAGGUGAAUAAAUAUUUAGGACAGACACAAUAGGGAAUGAAAUUCUGCAAUUUUACUGCCAUGUUGAGUCAAGAUGAAAAAACUCCUCAACUAGAAAUAUUCACAUGUAUCAAGAUUUUGUGAGCGCAUCGAAUUUAAAUUAAUCUAAAUGUAAAUCUUUGCAAUGGGAAACUUGCCUGAAGUUGGAUUGUUUACAAUUCUUCCAUUCACAGGCAAACAAAAUUACUGCAUAGACUGUUUUGGCCGAAUUCAGGUUCAAAAUUUGAGAUGAGAAAAGCCGUUAGGCCAGUUUCCCAUUGCAUUAUUUUGAUAUCUACGAAAACAAGGAAAAAAAUUAUUGAUUUUCUUUGUAAGCGCUGUCAGAAUUGUCUGACUACGUUGGUCCUUCACUACUUAAUUCUCCACGAGCUAUCACUCAUUCACACAAAAAUUUAUUCUCGCAUAUGUGAGGCACUGACGAUAUCUCAUAGCUCCCCGAUAAUUAAAAAGAAAACCGUCAUGAGGGAAACAAUUACAGAUUCAGAGAUAAUUCAUCAAUCUUGAUCAUGGCAGUGCGUUUUUUUCUGUACAAAAAAUACUUUGGAUUUGCUAAUUGAAAUGAAUAUCUCAUCUACCGAUAGAAUUAAGGAAUUAAUACCAGACGAUUGAGAACAGGAGAACUUGAUAAAUACUACUGCUAAAUUCUAGUCAUAAUACCGCUAAUAACAAUAACAUAAUACUAAAUCGUAAUACUAUGAAAAAUCGAUGGUUUUAAUGAUGCGACAGUGAAAUUCGCUGUAUGAUGAGAGACCACCUGUGCCCAUGAUUCGUUUUAAUAUCCAAUUGACAGAAGGCAGAGCACAAAUACUCCGUUCGUACAGAAAAUAUGAUUUGUAUUUCUAGUUUUAAAAUUCCAGUCUGAAAGAAUCCAAAAAUGCAGGGAAAUAGUGCGAAAACUAAUACUUUAAUUUUAUACACCCUCUGCAAACAUUUUUAAAAUCCUCAAAAUAUCUAAAUCAAUCAAAAAUUUGAUUGAAUUCCAGAUGAACAAAUGAAGCCCAGCUAAAUUUUCAUUUUAUUGAAAAGUAUCGUAGAGUUAGACAAUAUUUUUUAACAUAUACGACCUUCAGAUACUAAUUUGUGUCAGAAUGAUUCUUAUCGUACAUUUGUAUAGAAUCCAUUAGCAUUAUUAACAUUUAAUGGGAAUGUUUUUCAAAUAUUUCAACGAACGACGAACAAAAUGACAUUAAUGAUUCCGAAUCCCAUUGUCCAAAUAGCAAUCACCGCAUGCAAAUCCAGUUGAUUACACCUCACUCCCAAAAAUCACAUGUCAUCGAUAAGAACGUGAAAAACAACAGCUGUAAUCCCCUGGCGUUAAAAGAGGCAGAGAAUAAAUUGAACUGACCAUAUUUAAUGAAAAACAAA